AAUGAAAUGACUACAGCGAGAACCAUUCCAAUCUGUAACCAAAAGGAAAGCUUUUUAGACUUUGUAAAGUCUUUCACAUUUUGAUGUGUAUUGUCCAGGCUUUUGGCGUUUUUGUCUAGUAAAGAGCCUGCCCGUUCUACCACUUGGUUGUCAUUUACUAAAGCAUUCGUAAAAGAUAUAGCAUUUUCCUUCAAGAUAGAAGCCAUGUGAAGUAGAGAGUCAGAAAUAUCUGCUUGGACGGACCGCUGAUGAUUCAGUAAUUGUGAAUUACCAAAUUGUAAAUGCUGUUCUUGCUGUCGUUCAUUGAUUUCCCGUUUGCGAAUUUCCUCCAUCGUCGAAGCUGCUGCUUCUUCUUGUUCCUUUUUUAUGUUAAUUUCUUCUUGCUCUAUUUUAGCUUCAAGAGCUACCCUCAGAUCGUUGAUCUUUCCUUGUAGAGUCAUGAUUCGCUUGGACAAUCCUUCUGGUUCUCCUACCCUUUCCAAUUGGCAUUUUCCUUCUUCCCAAAGCUUUUUUCGAGCAUAAUCCAAAUUUUUCUCAACCUUGUAAAGUUCUAGUGGAUCCACAAAUGAAGACUGUUCUUGCCGGAAUCGACGUUCCAAUGUGUACACCAAAUCUUCACUCAUAAUUGUCCAAAUUUAUUUGCUUAUAUUUAAGAAUUAGCUUUAUUGCUUUUUUUCGUACUUAGAUCUUGGAUGCCACAGGGUUUCCUAGUGUUUCUGCUUUUGCGAACUACUAUGGUAGAAAUCAAGUUAUGAGUAACUUACAACCAUGCAUGUCAAAGACUAAAAACAGUUCUUGCUUUAUUAUUUGUUUGCAAUAAAAAUAUUUUAUUAUAAAUUGCAUAUACAGACAUAUUAAGAUGCUGUCUUUGAGGACGAUUAGAUUGAAGCUGUAAGGAUAUUCUUAAUGUUCUUCCAAUUUUAGACGCCUAACAUCUUUAUGGAACGGCUUUUAAUAUUUGGGUCUCUCUCUAUACGUAAAUUUAUGGAGAUGCUUACACAAUUUCAAAUUCGGUUUGUUUAUUUACUAGUGCAAUGGAGCGAGUCAAUUAAUAGAAAACUGUUUGAAACGAUUAAAGAAUGAGUGUAUAGUCAAUUUGUUUAUUAAAUUUCCUGUUAUAUAUUAACCUUGAACUUGUUGAAGGAUUUUGUGCUAUCUACCUUUUCUUAUAGUGGAACGAGCCAUAUUUCAAAGGAGACCUAAACUCAGUUUCAGUUUGUAUGCUUUAAUCUAUUCUAAUUUCUUUGCAUAAAUGUUUUAUUAUUGCGAAAUUGAUUAUAUUAUGGCUAAGAAAGGGUAAAGCAAUGAUUAAAGCUUCGUCACCACUCAUGUUUCACACACAUUCAAAAUAUCUCUACUUUACCUUUGUAGUUUUAUCUUCAAAUCAUUAAAAUCCAUGAAAGACAUUGGUUUAAUAUUAUAAUUCAUUUAUGAGCUGUCUACUAGGUUGUUAAUAACGUAUAACAAAAGGGAAGACUGAAUAAAGUACUCUCUUGUAUGUGUUCAUUGAACGGAUAGAAAUAAGGGGAAUUUAAGAGGUUAUAAAUCUACUAUUUUUUUUUAUCGGUAAAUACUGAAAGAAUUGUCAGAAAAACUUAGAAUGCAAAAUGGCAAACGACGAAUUGGCUCUCGAGUUCCAUCGAACAACUCAAGGAAUACGAAUCGAAGCGAAAGUUUCAGUGAAUCGAUUUGCCUUCAAAAAUCCGUUGAAUGUCCGAUUUGUGGAUUGGAGUUACCAAAUUUACAAUCCUUAAAUGAUCACAUAGACAUCACUCACAUUACGCCGGAAGAAGAAACACAGCCAAAGAAUCAAGAUUUUGUGAAUUCUUGGUUUUUAAAGACGAUUAAUGGAGCCACUACUCUACACAUAAAAGCAGCCCAGCGGUUAUUGAAGUUAGAACCAUAUGAACAAAAUGGGGAUCAGACUGGUGCUAUUGGAAUUGAAGCUACAAAGCUUACAGACCCAGUUAUUACUAGAGAGCAUUGGCAGCCAGAAGUUGCCGAUAUGAAAUGCCAUGAUCCUACUUGUGACAAAGUACUAAACUUUGUUAAUGGACGUAUUCAUUGUCGCAAAUGUGGUUAUGUUUUUUGCAAUUACCAUACUCUUUAUCAAGCCAAGCUUUCGGUUUCUGCAAGUUAUGAUCCAGAUUUUGGGUUCUGGUCCCGCGUAUGCAAACAAUGUUACGAAAAUCGACCAGGCUACAACGACGUGCAUGGUCAAACUCGUUCUCGAUUUCCAACCUUUGAAAGCUUUCGGAAGCCGAUUGCUGAUAAGAAAAGGAUUGAAUUUCUUCGCUUACAGAAACGCAUGCAGAGACUUCAAUCUCUAUGGUCAUCUGAAGAGGUAUCCGUUUUUGAUGCUUUAGUGAAGAACAAAGCAAAGAAAAUGGAACAGGAAAUUGUAAAUUGGCAAGAUGAUUCAGAGGUAGAAACGUGUCCUGAAUGUAAUAAUGGGUUUACAUUAACUCGCCGUCGGCGGCAUUGUCGAUUAUGCGGAAGAGUCGUCUGUCGAUUUUGUGUACUCGAAAUUUUACAUUUGAAUCAACUUCAAAAUCUUUUAAUUUGCAACUCCUGCAAUCAAAAUUAUUUCAAAACCAUUUCAUUUCAGAAAGACAAGGAGCAUAUACCGGGAUAUGUACUACAUAUCAAUCAUUUACAAGUGUUUCGCCAUGCACUUCAGAACUAUAUAAAAUUGUUCAAGGAUAAUUUGGCAGUGUUGCUGAGCGGAACAGUAGUAACGUACGACUUGCUACAGAAAACGAAGGAAGUCCGUCAAAGAUUUUCAGACUUGUAUAUGAGAUAUGAAUCCACUAUCAAAAAAAUAUCCUCUUAUCCUGUAAAUACCGAAGAAGAAGAGCGCCUGAAACAUUGUGUAUGCGCUGAAGGGAAGAGCUUCCUUCAAGAGACGGCUCUUCAUUUACAAGCAAUCCCUAAACUCCAGGUUGGACAAAGCUGGUCUUCACAAAUGGAACAAGAUGCAUUGUCCCGGAAGAAAGAAGCAGAAGAACAGCAAAAUGAGUAUAUACAGAUGAAAAUAGUGAUAGAGGAACAAGUGUUUCUUGUCGAGAACAUGAUACGAAAGGCCAAACUUAAACGAAAUUUUUCAGAAGUAGAAAUUCUGAUGCAGAGUUUAAAGCCUUUGCAAGAUGAAAUUCAGAAACUUGAAGAAAGCAUUGAGAAGCUAAAUAUGGCUUAACGUUUAUUCUCUCCCCAUUUAGGUUUCACUUUGCCAGUGCCAUUGUUUGUUGGUAACAAGCACAAUUAAGUGUAACAACUUAUUCAUCCAGAUGUACCGACCUUCUCUUGUUAAUGAUUGUCCCAUGCAUUAUACUUAAAUGCCCAAACAUAUCGAAAGUACUUUGAACGAAUUUAAUCUAAUUAACAAUAAUUCAUUCCUUUAAUUCUCAUCAUCAAUUGAAUUUUAGAAACUUUAGCUCGUCAUUCGGAAUCGAAUAUCCAUUAUUGUUAUAUGCCUUUCAUACUAUAGACUAUAAACAUUUUUGUAUGAUGUUUUUACAAGUUUACAUAUAACUCUGCGUAUGUUUUUAUUUUUUUAUUUUUUACUCUCCCACAUGAAAUGUAAGAUUUGAUUUCUUUAUGUUUACUUAAUAAAAUCAAAAUCUUUUGAAUUCGCAUGUCAUCGAACAUAACCUACUUACACUGGAAGAACGAACUUCGUUACCCACAUUUACAGUUACGAAACGUAUCCACAG